AUGCUGUUUUCAAAAACCGUGGUUAUUGUUGCGUCGAUCGCGACGGCAGCUGUCGCUGCCCCAUACCAGAAGCGCUGCAAAAGGGACCCAGCAGUGGCUAUCUCUCUUCCGAGCACAGGGUCAACCGACCUACCUGCUCCUGAUGCAAACCUCACGCUCAGAUAUGUCGCCGUCGGCCAUGGCAUCCAAAACUAUACAUGUGCUACCGCAAACGCAACAGCCGUGGCCACGGGCGCUCUGGCCGUUCUCUACGACGUAACGCCACUGUAUCCUGGCACGCCCGACACCGGCUUAACCGCCGAUGUCUUCAACAAGAUUACCUCAACCGUGCUCUGGGAGUCAGCCAUUCCUCUCAAUCUUGUCAACCCAGCCGCCGGUGUGCCCACAAACAGCGCCAGCACCACCACUCCCUUGGCCGAGACGGCCUACCAGGCUGAUGCAAGCAACCCGUUCCCCAGCCCUAUCCCCGACCUGGCACUUGACAGUCAGGGAAUCAAUGCCAAGUACUUGGGUGUACACUACUUUGACGCCAAGUCCAGUCCUACCUUUGACCUCGCCGGAGGUGCGACCCCAGCAGGCCUGUUCUUCAGCGGCGCUAAGCUCGGAGGCGUCAAAGCGCCCACGGACGCGGAUAAGGGCGUGCUGAACACCGGUGCGGUAGACUGGCUGCAACUUGGGGAUAACGGGCGCGGCCUGAGCAAGAGCCUGGCCGAUGUGUACCGCGUGGUCACAGCAGGUGGUGUUGCGGAGGCGUGCUCGGUGAGUGGUGCAAGCAACGCGGGCGAGACGUUCAGCGUACCAUAUACCGCACAGUAUUGGUUUUAUGGUGCUUGA